AUGCCUCCAACAAAUACAUCUUUCAUUGAGCAAGAAGAACCAUUGGAGAGAAAGGAGGAAACUGGUGAAGAUGACUCUGAAAAGGAAGAAGAUAAUAUCAACAGCUUUUCUGCCUCAACCAAAUUAUUGGAGAAGAGAAAGGAAAUGAUGGAGGUUCAAUCCUUAUUACAACAGAAAAGAACUGAAUAUCUGGCAAGAAUGGAUGCAAUUAAGAAAAAGGAAAAAGGACUUUUAGGAAAGAAACAAGAACUAACUGAAAAUGUUAAGGAACUAGAUAAAUUUAUUGGUGAUAAUAUUAUUAAAAAGAAGAGAGCUGAUCAGAAAAAAGAUAUCGAGCAAGGAGAAAGGAUCAAAAGUGAAGGAAAAAUAACUGAUGCAAAGAAUGAUAUUGAUAAAUUAGAAAAAGAGAAACAAUUUAAAGAAUCAUUAUUAAUCAAUCAUUAUAUCAAGUACCAACAAUUCUUGCAAAAAGUAGUUCAGUUCAGAGGAGAUGACAUUAAUCCAGAAGAUGUAGAAAAGGUUAUAGAUAGAUAUGAAACCUUAUCUGAAAAAAAUAGAGAGCUACAAGCCAAGAAAGCCAAAUAUUCCAUGAAGUUUACCAGGGAAAAGAUUAGAAUUAAUGAAGAAAAAGAAAUGAUGAAAGAUAAGAAAGUCAAACUAAAUCACAUGAUUUCAAAACUGGGUAAAAAAUUGGAAUUAAUGAGUGAUGAAAGAGGUAAAAUAACAUCAAAAUAUGAUGUAAUGUCAACAUCGCAGACAAAGGAUAGAAGACAAUUAGGACAAAUUGAAAUGGCCAUCAACAAUGUAUAUAAUAGAGUGACAACAAAUGGUGGAUCAAGAAUACCAAGAAGAUGUAAGAUUUCAAUGUCUAAUAAUGAUUUUUCUGGUAGCUCUUCAAAAAUUUCUACUGGUUCAACUCAUGAAGUUACUGUUGAAAGCUACAAACGAUUCAACAAUAUGGAAAUUUUGAUGAAGAUGUUGAAGGUUAUUGGUGAUUGUCUAUCUGAUUAUAUGGCAUUUGCUGAAAUGAUUAAAAAGAUGCCAGAAAAAGACAAGGAAAUCAACAGAAAACAAAAAACCUAA